AUGUCUUCCUCAGACAAGGACGCUUUGGUCGACCCUCACACGCCCUCACCGUUCAACUAUGCCCUCUCCUUCCUGCUGGUCGGCAUCUGCUGGGGGUUCACGACGCCGUUUCUCCGCAAAGCGGCCGUGAACUACACGGCGCCGUCGCAUCCCUCGAUCACGGAUCCGCACCGAUCCUGGCUUUCCAGGCAGAUCGCCAAAGCCUUCUACACAGUCAUCGGCCUCCUGAAAAGUCCAGCUUAUGCCAUCCCACUCGUCAUGAACCUGACCGGAAGCAUCUGGUUUUUCCUGUUGGUCGGGCAAGCCGAGCUCUCUCUCACUGUCCCCAUCACCAAUUCGCUGGCCUUCCUCUUCACCGUGCUCGGCGAGUGGUACGCCGAGGGGAAACUCAUCUCGAGGGAUACGUGGGUUGGCAUGAUUCUGGUUUGCGUUGGUAUAGGACUGUGCGUUUGGUCCAAGGCAUGA